AUGCAGAAUAACAGACAAAGAGCACUUGUUUUUGCUGACCUUGAAAUAGAAGGGAGAAGAGUCGAAUGUCCAAGAUGUCACGUUCCAUUCACUCCUCAUCUUGGAAAUUUGAUUUCACCCUUUCAAUGUGGAAGCUGCAGAGCUAACUUAUCUUACAAAACUAACUCAGGAAGAACAGUGAGAUGUCCUUGUUGUAACUUCUCACGUCCUAUGCCUGAACUUAGAACUCUUGUCUGUCCCGGAUGUGGUGUAACAGUCAUACAUCAAAAUGGUGAUCGAGCUGUGAAAUGUUCUCUCUGCAAACACAUCACAACAAGACCUAUUGUUCCUCCUCAAGAUAACCCGGUUCCUCCUCCUGAAGUUAACCGGGUUCCUCUUGCUCAAGUUAACCAGGUUGUUCCUCCUUCUGAAGUUAACCGGGUGGUCCCUCCUCCUCAAGUUAACCCGGUUCCUCCUGCUCAAGUUAACCAGGUUGUUCCUCCAUCUGAAGUUGACCGGGUUGUCCCUCCUCCUCAAGUUAACCGGGUUGUUCUUCUUCCUCGAAUGAACCGGAGGAGUCGUACAGCAACUGAAACAACUGCUAGUUCUUCUUUUAAUCCAAAGCCUGAGAGCUCACACACCACUAUAGAAUCUAUUGCCGAUUCAGUUGCUGAAUCUGUUGCUGAAAUUGUGAGGAAUGCAGUUCUUGCAAUCGCAAGAGUCAAGAGAGAAGCUGAAGAAGACAACACAGAAGCAAAAAACAAGAAGAUUCGUCUUGAUUAA